CAUCAUGAUAAGUGUUGUAAAAUAUGUUCGUUUAUUAUUAUUGCCAUGGCUAUUAUUUAUGGCCAGCAAUUGUAUUGUCAACUAUGUCGUUGCUAUCGGAACGCCAAUAAGUCAGCGAAAACUACAAGAACAACAGCAACAACAGCAGGAAGCAUUUGCGCCACAACAGCAGCAACAACAACAGCCACUGCCACAACAAGAGUGGCAUCAUCCGCAAAACCAGCGACUACAACAACAACAGUCAUAUAAACCCGCUAUAAAACUAUCAGCACCCACAACUGCUACUAGCGCCCAGCUGCCACCUGAGCCCGCUAAAACAACAGCAACGGAUAAUUUUACAACCUCAACGCUGCCAAAUGGAGUAGGUUAUGCAAACGAAACUGUAGGUUAUGCUGAGGAAGACGAGAGUGAGAACGAUGAAAAGUUGCCAAGCGAAAUACAAAAGGCUGUAUGUACGGUGACCGCCGGUGAAGUGCGCGCUAGCGCUGAGGCAGUCACCACGAAAAAGCUAAAAGGUGUUUGUGGAUCAGCCGAAUUGAAGCUCGCAUUUAGUGAUUUGGAAGCUAAGCUGUACAAAGAAUUGCAAGACAUAAAAAUUUUAUUGCAACAUAUAGCGCAAAAGCAAGGCAUAAAUAUGCCGCAGUUGCUGCUGCCUCCAAUGACCUUCGCAACAUCAACAAUUACACCGCCCGCUGUGUCACAUGCACAACAACAAACCAACAUACCGGUAACAACUUUUGCAACCGCAACACCAGCUACACCGUCACCAACUACGCAAACAACAACGUUACACGCACAACAACAUAAACCACCGCUGCGUGUCAAACCUACAACAGCCAUUAAACCGAAAUUCCAACCGAUUGUGGAGCCCAAAGAUAAUGCUGUGGACACAUCAUCCGCCGAAGUGAGCUAUGAAUAUGAAGAGUCUUCAGCAGCAAUGGAUGCUGAAGAUGUUUUGCCUAAAAAGUUGCCACAUAUGAAAACCUUCCACACGAAGGGCCAAGCCACGCGUAUAUCUAGUGAACUGUUGCAAGAAGUUCGGAGAUUUAAUAACACAAUGUUAAGCGAUCGAGAGUUGAAGGUGUUCACAUACUACUGGAAAUUGGAGAACUUCACCGAACGCAUUGAGAGCGGUAGUAGUUCAGUGGUGGAGAGUCCGGUGUUUUCUAUAAAAGGCAAACCAUUGCAUCUCACAGCCAAUUUCCAACACUUACAUCGCGAUUUUCUCUACCUACAACUGACGCAGGCGCUUAAAAAAUCCAGCAAUCGGAAUAAUAUCUUUAUCGACAUGGGUGGUUUAUUCAAGGAAAUUGCAAAUGAGAAAAUCAUCUUUAAGCAUAAAAUAUCGGUACUCAAUCAGCACAAUCAACGCUCAAAGGAUUUAAUUUCACAAGAAAUACAUAAUCUGGAGUCCGGCUUUCUCAUACCGAACAGCGCACUACUCAACAGUCCAUUUAUCAAAAACGAUUCGUUGUUAAUACAAAUUUUUCUUUAUUUAUAACUGCAUCUUUGCUAAUUUUAUAUAUUUUUGCACUAGUUAAAUAUGUAUGUAUGUGUUUAUAAUUUAAUAAAACGUUUAUUCUUUCAUUUUUGCGAUUUAAUAUAUUUUUUUAUGAUUUUUAAAGGAUAAAAGGCAUUAUAAAUAUUUGUUAAUUAAUAAUUAAAUUUAAUUAUAGCGAGCGGACUUGAGGUACAUGACCAUUAAACAAGUGUAAGAAAUUUAUGAAAGCAAUGGGUGCUAAAUAAUUGUGUGUAUCGUUAACUAUUUUAAUUUGUGUUUUUUCUAGAAAUUUUCAAAUAUUUUAAAUAUUAUACAAAACAUAUUUCAAAUAGUACAAAAAAUUAAAAUGAAAAAUAAAAAAAUUAUUGCAACUCACCUAAAUCAACACUUAGCUUGAGUUUAACCAA